AUGGGAGCCACAACAGAGAUUCUCAACUUGAACGGAAAUCCUUUGAGUUUUGCCUGCAGUGCAAUAUGCUCUCUUUACAACUUGAGCCACUCAGAAGACAUUAUCCAUUUCGUUGCAGUUAGUCCAAUCUUAGCAAAAAUACGUUACCUCGAAUGUGCACCCAAACAUUUUAGAUUCACAAAACCACAGUACAAUGCUAGCAUUCCAGAAAACUCGGCUGGUAAGGCUUUUGUCACAGCUGAGGAAAAGAUGGGAAUUUAUAGGGGUGACGAAGAUAUUGAAAUUAGAUACAAAAUCGUUUCUGGUGACAAAGAAAAGUUCUUUAAAGCCGAAGAGAGACUUGUGGGUGAUUUUUGGUUUCUCCUCCUCCGAACAAGAACAGGAAACAUUGAUGUUCUUAACAGGGAGAGAAAAGAACGUUACACCUUAGAGAUAAAAGCAACUGCUACCAAAAGAGACGGGAAGAAAGCGUACUAUGCAGAAGCAGAAACCGUUGUAAUCGUUACAAUUCUAGACGUCAAUGAUCUUAAUCCACUAUUUUAUCCCACUGAAUACGAGGAAAUCGUUCCGGAAGACAUGCCUUUACACCAAAGUAUCUUAAGGGUUUCAGCUGAAGAUGCAGACUUAGGAAGGAACGGUGAAAUAUAUUACAGUUUUCAAGAGAACUCUAAGCAGUUUGCAAUACAUCCUACAACUGGUAUUGUUACCCUUACAAGGCCUUUGAGGCACACUGAAAAGCCGAUCCAGGAACUGACAGUACUUGCUCGGGAUCGGGGUGCCGUCUUCAAGGGAGGUGGUAAGCCCAGCACGGCAAAACUAAAGAUCAUUGUUAAGCCUGUCAAUUUAUAUGCUCCUGAAAUAUCUAUUCAGCAUCUACCUGAUAUCGUUGAAAACUCCAAUACAGACGUCUAUGCUAUAGUAAAAGUAACAGAUCCAGACGAAGGCAUACACGGUUUUAUAAGAAGUUUAGAUAUUGUUGACGGGGAUCCAGAUGGGCAUUUUCGAGUUAAACAGUAUGGAACUGCUGCUCCUCAAGUUUCUGAAUUUACUAUUGAAGUCCUGAAAUUGCUAGAUAGGGAAAUCGCACCUCGAGGCUAUAAUCUCACUUUGCGUGCUGUGGAUAGGGGAAUCCCGCCUCGGCAGACCUACAAAUCUGUGCCAGUGAAUCUUGUCGAUCAAAACGACAACGCUCCUAUAUUCGAUAGGGAAAUUUACGAAGUAGAUAUCCUCGAAACUGCUCCUAUCAAUUCUCCCAUAAUUAGACUUAAAGUAACUGAUGCGGACCAAGGAAAAAAUGCACAAACUUAUUUAGAAAUAGUUGGAGGAAACGAAGGAGACGAAUUUCGUAUCAAUCCAGAUACAGGGAUGCUUUACACCAACGUUUUAGUUGAUGCAGAAGUAAAAUCAUUUUAUACCCUAACUGUUACAGCCAUUGACCAAGGAAAUACAGGCACAAGGAAACAAUCUUCUGCCAAAGUGAAAAUAAACGUAGUGGACACCAAUGAUAAUGAUCCAUUAUUCGAAACUUCCGAUUUAGAAGUUGAAAUAUCGGAAAAUUCGCCUGCUGGAACUUCCGUUACAAAAAUGAUUGCUAAAGAUAAAGACUCCGGAGAAAAUUCCUAUAUUUCUUAUAGUAUUGUAAACCUAAACUCUGUGCCUUUCGAAAUUGAUCAUUUUACCGGAGUCGUAAAAACAACGCAGAUAUUAGAUUACGAGUCUAUGCGACGUCAAUACGUGCUCAGAAUCAGAGCAUCUGACUGGGGGCUUCCAUUUAGGCGACAAACAGAAACACAAUUGAAAAUUCGUCUCAAAGAUAUAAAUGACAAUAGACCUCAGUUUGAGAAAAUAGAUUGUGUUGGAUAUAUUAGUAGAUUUCUUCCGAUCGGAACUGAAAUAAUCACACUGUCUGCUAUAGAUUUCGAUGCUGGAAAUAUUAUUAGUUACCGGAUCGUUUCGGGUAAUGAAGAUGGCUGCUUUUCGCUGGAUACCACGUCUGGAGUGAUUUCAGUCACGUGUGAUUUGUCGGAUGUUGCCGUCGAAGACCGAGAGCUAAACGUAACCGCAACUGACGGAACCCACUUCGCAGACGUUGUUCGUGUUGCUGUCAAGCUCAUCAACAAACGGACUUCAUCUCCACCUGGAAGGAUAUUGGCUGACGAUUCAGGCACGUUCGAUUGCAAAGAUACCGGGGUUGCUAAAAAGCUAACGGAUAUAUUGGCCGAAUCAGAAAGAAGCAAUUCCAUUGAAAAAGGCGAACGCGAAGAAUUCGCUAUGAUGCCUAGCAGAUAUGGUGAGAACAUCCAUUCUCCCGAAUUCGUCAAUUUUCCAUUAAGUGUUCAGGUGAAUGAGUCUGUAGGAAUAGGAGAAACAUUGCUCCGAAUCAAAGCCACAGACAGAGAUAGAGGCUACAAUGGAAAACUGAUUUUCGGAAUAUCUUCGGGAGACAUAGAUUCUGUGUUUCGGCUCGAUCCGGACUCGGGUGAAAUAAAAGUUAUCGGAUACUUAGAUAGAGAAAGAGAGACUCAGUAUUUACUUAACAUCACUGUUUAUGAUCAAGGAAAACCGCAAAAAUCUAAUUCUAAAUUAUUACCUAUUACAGUUUUAGAUGUCAAUGAUAAUGCUCCCAAAUUCAAAGUUCCACUGGCUAGUUUUCGAGUUACAGAAAACGCUCAUAACAAAACAGAUAUUUUUAGGGUUAAUGCUACAGAUUUGGACGAAGGAGAAAACGCUCAUGUUGAAUAUAACCUGUUGACAGACACAGAUGAAUUCAGGGUGGAUCCAGCGACGGGAAUACUUUAUGUUUCUGCUCCGCUGGACAGGGAGAAACAAGAGCUCUACGAGCUAGUUGUGAGAGCAGUGGAUUGUGCCGGUACGCCUGGCUCCAUCAAUGCUCUAUUUUCAGAUGCUAUAAUCAGAGUGAUCGUUGACGACGUCAAUGACAACACCCCCGCAUUUUCUCUCCCUUCGUAUUCUGUGAAGGCGAGGGAAGACAUUCCUGAAGGAAGCGUAAUAGCUGUGAUUAGUGCCUCUGAUCCUGAUCUUGGUUCUGGAGGAGAUAUACGAUAUGUUCUUAUACCAGAAACUGAAGACGAUGAUACGUUUGAAAUAGACGAGCUGACUGGGACCAUAAGGAUUGUUAAACCUUUGGAUUUCGAAGAUCGGCAAGUUCAUUCGCUGAUAGUCCGGGCAGAAGACAGGGGUACCCCUCCUCUCUCAUCGGAAGUGACCCUUUUGGUUGAAGUAGUUGACGUGAAUGAAAAUUUGAACCCGCCUAUGUUUCAUGACUUCGUGGUGGCCGCGUCGGUCCAUGAAAACCAGCCGGUCGGUACGUUUGUGGUCAAAGUGAAGGCUAUUGAUGAUGACCCAGCUGAUAGUGACGAUUCCAGGGUGGGAUAUUCCAUCAAAUCUGGUGAUGGGCUUGGAUACUUUUCCAUUGACAAUGAAGCAAAAUUUGUGAAAAAGAAUGCUCAUCGUGUCACUAAGUACGACAAUUUAGAACAUUUGUAUGACUUUAAUUGCGUUUCAUCCCCAACUUCUCUCAACGAAAUAAAGAAAAUCGAAAAGAUAAAUGACAUUUCUAUCAAUGUUUAUGAUUUUGACAACCGGUAUGGGAAACAAUCACGUGAUAAACUUGAAGAACAUAAAAUAUAUUGCUCUGAAAAUAAACCGGUAAGAAUUGAGCUACCGAAAGACCCCUUUAUCAGAUUCUCAAAUGUGGAGCGACAAAGUAAAGUACCGUUUGUCAUUUAUGCUGACUUCGAAUCAUUAUUAGUACCUAUAAACGAGUCGUCAGUAAAUAUGACCAAAUAUCAGAGGCAUGGUCCGAUAUCAUUUUGUAUAUAUGUAAAAGGAAUUGAAGGAGUAGACAUUCCGAUAACCGGACCGUACGUUUAUAGGGGAGCAAAUGCCGCUUCUCACUUUAUGGAAUGUAUUGUAAAAAUAGCUAACAAAAUACAAGAAAUUUAUAUGAUAAACAAAGCGAAGCGGAUCUCAUCAGAAGAAGAGGAAGAUUGGUCUAAAACUAACACCUGCUACAUGUGCCAAAACGUAUUUAAUGAAAACAAUAUAAAAGUUAGAGACCACUGUCACCUAACAGGAAUUUACUUGGUUAGUUGA